CCCAGAUGUAAUGCAGCAUUUAUGAGCUAAGAGGAGAGAAGCACCGUCACAACUGAGCAGCGGCGGGGUAUUUCAGUUGGAAACAUCCCUCCGAGGACGAUUUGAUUCCCUGUAAGGUUAAAAAUUGACUUCAUCAAAACAUGAAGAAAAAUACCACAGUUCACGAGGACGACAGCGCUGUCAACAACAACUUCUCCACAACGGUUGGUGCCCUCAUCCUCAGCCUGGUCUUCCUGUUGGGUGUCCCCGGCAACUUUUUCAUCGUCUGGAGCAUCCUGGCUCGCAUCAAACGACGCUCAGUUACCACCCUCCUCAUCCUCAACCUUGCAUUUGCUGAUGGGUUUAUCAUGGUCCUCACCAUCUUCUUCAUCAUUUACCUGGCCAAGAAGAAGUGGAUCUUUGGUGUAGCCAUGUGCAAAGGCUUGUUCUACUUGUGCAACACCAACAUGUACGCCUCCAUCUUUCUGAUCACACUGAUGAGUGUCCACAGGAUGGUGGCUGUGCUGUUCCCACAAAAACUCUCUUACCUGGUGACCAGGAAGAUUGUGAGGAGAGUUAUUGGGGGAAUGUGGAUGCUGGUCAUGGUGAUUGCUAUCCCAUCACUGGUGUUUCGGAAUGUCAUAGAAGUCUCCGAUGACGAGACAAACCAAAAAAAACUGGUUUGUGAAUCGAAUCACACCCAGGCUCGACAUGUGAGAUUCCAGUAUUCCCUGGAAACUGUGUCAGGAUUCAUCCUUCCUUACGCCGUCAUCAUCACCUGCUACGUCCUCAUCCUGAAACGCCUCCGGCAGACCAAGUUCCGACGCCAUGUUCGCAGCGAGAAACUCAUCCUGGCUAUUGUGGUGAUGUUUGGCUUGUUCUGGCUGCCAUAUCAUGUUAUCAACAUGGUAGAGGUGGCAGCAGCUUGGUAUCCAGAAGAUUCAAGCACAAGAGAAUUAUUGGAGCUAGUCCACUCAUCCUGCCGUGCAGUGACGUCGGCCUUGGCCUUCAUCAGCAGCUGUGCCAAUCCAGUUCUGUACACUUUUGCUGGAAAGUCCUACAUCAAGAAGAAUGGCUUCGCCUUCAUGGCGAAACUCUUUGAAGGCACAUCAUCGGAGCAAACCGAGAACAAGAAGAGCCGGUUGAUGGUGAAAAAUGGAAUAAGAUCGAAUGACAGCAACAACAGUUUGCCUACCCGUGAACAGACAGCAACUCCUGAAGUCAGUUAGGCCAUGAAAAGGACUCCAUGCAUCCAUGAAAGGUUUUACACACCUAACAACAACCAUAACCCCCCGCAGUGUUUCUGUCUGCUGCAUCAGAGCGAGUCAAAGGAACUGACGUCAGAUGUUUUUAUUUUUCUAAGUGCAGCUGUUUUACAUCGUUUUUUCUGUUGAUAGUGUUUACAAUGUUUGCAACAAAAAUAAUGUCAAUGCAACGCUUAACUUUCUGUGUACGUUAAAUGAACAAAAUAAGUGUAAUUUUGUAAAAUAAUAAAUGUUUUAAGUUUGUUUAA